GUUGUCAACUGCAUUGUACAAUUUCAAAAGAUGACAUCAGAUGGGGGUUUUGAUGGUUAUUUCCUUCUGUCAGUGACUGGACAGAUUGAAAAAGCCGAUUUUCCAUUGCAUGACUAUAUUUGGUGCAAGUACUCCUUUACAUGUGGUCAAGACUGGAUUAAAGUUGCAGGAAUAGAUGAAGGUAUGACACAAACUUCCAUUAAAGGCUGUGGAUGCAACAGACAGAAUAAUCUGAAUUUUCCUAUUGAUAUUUCUUGGAAAUCUACGAAUCCAUUUGGUUGGCCUCAAAUAGUUCUUCACGCAUACGGCAUUGAUAUAUUUGGGAAAGAUGUUGUAAGGGGCUAUGGAGCGGUUCAUAUUCCAAUGAAAAUCGGCAGCCACAGAAGACGAGUAGCCAUGUUUGUACCACAAUCGUCUUCUAAACUGAUGAAAUUAAAUGCUUGGCUGACCGGGAAAAGACCAGAAUUUCUUAAUCCAAAAGUAAUAGCUAGUGGUGAAGGUCGUGGAGUGACAAAAGUUCACACUCAAGGAUUUGUGGAUAUCAUAUUCAAUAUUGCCGUGAAAAAUCUGCAAAAUCUAGGUUACACAACUGAUAAGAAAAGGGAAACUUUACAAGAAGACUUGUUAAUGCUAAUGAAUACUGAUGGAGUUUAGACAAAGAUACUAGUUGACCGGAUAAUACUAGUGAUGAACUUUACUCUUUCACUUGGAUUUAUUUAAUUAUGAAAUAAGCCUUAUUUAAAUUUAAUUUAUUAAUGAUUUCAAAUGUAUUGAAAUCACAUUGGGAAUUAUAUUACCUUCUUUUUAAUUUUCUGAUAUCUGUAUUUCUUGUUCUUGAAAGCUGUUGUUACAUGCUACAUGAAGAAGUAGGAUUGUAAUUGCCAAUACUGUAAAAUACUUGUAAUUUUGUCUUAUUUUUAGUUGACUGAGAUUAACACUUUUGUUCUAGUUCGAUAAGUGAACUUGAAAAAGAGGUUUGAUGUUAAUUUUGGCGGUUUAUGUUAGACAUGUUUCAGAGGUAGAUGAUGCAAAUAUUUUCUUGAUUGAAACUGAGGACGUGUUAAUUCA